UAUCAGCCUUGUUUCCUCUGCCUCUCGUCGGCCUUACAGACCGUGGAGCUAUUAGAAACCCUAACCCUAGCGGCAUCGGAAGGCGGGGGAUGGCUGCCGAGGUGAGCUCGAUGGUACGAGGGGUCAGCGGGUACAAGGAGGAAGGGGAUGGAAAGAGGGAUCUUGUCACUAUUGACCUACUCGGCGGCGGGAAGGGGCUCGCCGGAAGCGGCGAGCUUGGGGUGGAGCUCGAGGUUGCUGUUGGCUGGGAUCGGCGCCUUGAUCAAGUGAAGACCGGCCCAGAUCCGGUGCUUCGCGAGCUGCAUGACCUUAACUUACCGCCACCCCCUUCCGGCACCGGCGUCGUCCCGGAGAAAUCAUCUUCCCUCGACCUCAGCCUCUCGGCGAUCUCAGCCACUCGCUGUGCCGCGCCAGCUUCCGCCUAUCGCAGCGUGUGCACGCUUGAGAAGGUGAAGUCGGCGUUGGAGAGAGCCGAGCGAGAAUCGAGAUGGGGUUACCGACGGCGAUCGGACUGCGGCAGCUCCGCAUCGCCAUCGUCUUCGACGACCUCUUCUUCCUUGAAGCGUCGGGCCACGGAAGACACGGAUUUGUCUGAAGUCCAGGAUUCGCCGCCACCUCCUCCGUCCCCGGCUCCGACUACCGGAGGAAUGGUUGCGGCUGGGUGUCCUGCUUGCCUGCUAUACGUUCUGAUCUCCACCGCGGAUCCCCGGUGCCCUAGGUGCGACUCUUACGUGCCGAUUCCGGCGUUGAAGAAGAAGCCUCGGAUAGAUCUAAACUGCUCUUCUUUACAGUUUUACUGAUCAUUAGUUUGAUAAAAACUUCUGGGAUCUGAAAAAGAAUCGAAUUUUCAUGUGAAGAUGGAACAGAGGUGGGCUGAUUAUCAGCUCUCCCUUUUCUGAGGUCGAGAACCAAAAUGGGGUAGACGUUGUCCUGUUUCACUUGUUGUUGUAGAUAAAGAUAAGCUUUUUGUAUUUUCAAAAUUUUGCAUUUAGAAUAUGAAUCUUUGUGAGAUUUCGGAUGCAUGAAUUGGAAUCUGAUGGUUGAAGAUGA